AUGGAAAACCUGCCCGCGCACUUUAGACUUUUAAAAAUUAACCACGGAGCUGUAAGAAGAUUGUUCAAAGAACUGAACUACUACGAAAAGGAAGAAAGAGAGCUAAGAAGCAAAGUAGAUAAGCUUAAGAAUGAGAACAGAAACGAAUGUGAAAUAAUUAGGUCUGAAGAAAUUUUGCAAGAAACUGUUCGAGUACUCCCGCAUAUCAGUAAUUCUUUGCAGAAAAGUUUACAAAAAUUAUGUGAAAUAAUUUAUGAACAUUUUCUUAACAUUUUAGAAAUAAAGGACAACAAAAUUGAAAUUUGUAAGGCAUGUUCUGAGAACGAAUUAAAAGAAAUACUAAUGACACAAUAUGAUGACUUUUGCAAAGAAAUAGAGGAUAUAAAUCAAAUAUUAGAAAAAAUAUUCAUUCACAUUAAAGAUGCCUCACUUCCUGUAUGCCCAUCCGUUGUUAAGAGCAACUUAGUCUUACCAAAGGAGGAAUGUGUUGAUAUAUAA